AUGGAAAUACAAUUGAAGUUGUUACCAGAGUUCGAGAAGGAUCUGAGCGCUAUAAGAGGAGAAGGACAGUACAAAGGUCCGAUUCAGAUACAGAGCAACGCCUUGGCUUCUUUGAAAGCUAUUGAUAUUAGUGUCGCUGAAGAAGUUAUGGAAGCUGGUUGUAUCACUGGUGAAUCUGGUGAUCGGAUUAAUGGUCUGGUUGAUGGUGUCUCUGGUACUUGGGUGAUUAGUAGAAUGAAACUGCAGCAGAUCUUAGCAUGUGCGGUUGGGGAAGAGAUUAUUAGAAAUGAGAGUAAUGUUGUUGAUUUUGAAGACUCUGGAGAUAAGAGGCCAAGCCUGUCGUGCCUCUUGAGAUCACAUCGGCUCCAGCCAAGCCUGAGUAACGGCUACAUCAUAUCAUUGUUCUGUCGUAUGAAAUCAGGUAUUUGUUGCUACUUCCAGACAUUAAUGGAGCUAAGGAAAGCAAAACCAGAAGCUGAACAAUUGUUUCUCUUCGAUCAGGAAACUACCGACAAGGUUCGGUCUGAAGUCCCUAUGUUCAAAUUGAUGAAGCCUUCUGUUCUCGCUGACCGUCUUCGUGAGGAAGGAGCGAGUAGACUUACAGACACUUCAGCAGUAGUAGUGAAAAUCGAAGAGGCUCAGCUGGGACUGCCCCUGUCUGUCAGCUCCUGCUUAAGAGUUGAACCCAACCAUUGUUCUCAGGCUGCCAACCGUCUUCUUUGUUUGUAG